CCCGUGCUCUGCAGCCUUUCCUUCCUUGCGCGCAGCUGUCUGUCACAGCACGUCUUUCAUUUACUGGCUUUGAUUGAAAGUUGAGUAAAAUGGCUGCAUUGAUCAGGAGGAUUAUCAGCACAACAAAAGCUCCUGCUGCUAUCGGCCCGUACAGCCAAGCAGUAUUGGUAGAUCGGACCAUGUACAUCUCAGGACAGCUGGGGAUGGAUCCUGUCAGUGGACAGUUGGUGGAAGGGGGUGUUCAGGCUCAAACCAGACAGGCUCUUGUGAAUAUGGGUGAAAUCCUUAAAGCUGCUGGAUGUGGUUAUGAGAAUGUUGUGAAAACCACUGUGCUCUUAGCUGACAUGAAUGACUUUACUUCUGUCAACGAUGUUUACAAACAGUUCUUCAGCACUAACUACCCAGCCAGAGCGGCCUACCAGGUGUCAGCUCUUCCUAGAGGUGGACUGGUUGAGAUCGAAGCAGUUGCCGUAUUAGGCCCUCUGACUAAUGCUUCCUAACAAGUACAUAUCUAAAAAAAAACCCAACAACAACUGGAAAAUCCACAAUCAUAUUAAACAUACAGGACGUGCCUUGUUUUGUAGACUAGUCACAAAUUGACUAAACAUCAUUCCUGUGUAGCACUUUAAUUUACAGAUCUAUCAUAUUUUGUAAGGCAUUAAGUGAUUUAGCACUGUCAUAAUCAUGUUGUGGGUCACCUGGCAGACUAGCAGCAGUCAGGCUCAGUGCACUUUCUCCUCCCUCAUUAACAUUGAUGAGACGUGUUUGGAGACAACGUGGCAUUUUAAAUUCCCUCUGCUCAUAUUUCACCUACAAUAGCUGUUAAGUAUCUAAGCUUGUUGGCACUUAUUGAAUUACACUGCCAGCCAUUCCCAUGGCGAUGUAUCCUCUCUCAGUUUGCCACACUCAUCGUGUAAUCAAACUCAAUAAUAAAUGUUUUUAAUUUG